AUGGAGAGUGUUCAAACUGUGGAUCGCCUUUUACCCCAAGCCCCGUCUUUCGGAACCGACAGCGGAACUUCCUGCAACUUACUGCCGAGGGCCAGUGUGAAGCUAUCAUCUGACCGGUCCUUCUUUUCAGAUCAUCUUUCCCGUACGAAAUCUGUAUCGUCGGCCUUGAGCGACAAGACUGCCACCGAAAAGGAGACGCCCGCCACAUCAUCCAAACCACACCGAAGAUCACGAUCAAACAGUAGCCCAGCACGCCCACCGUCCUCAGGAAACUCCGUGCCGAAGAAAGAUACUGAGAAUGUUGUCGCGAAGCCAGAGGAGAAGGAAAAGCCACUGCCACCAUCAGUGCCGGAGAAAACUGCCGAACCGAAACUACCGGCUACCCCAUCCCCAGCAUCGCAGAGAAGUGCUCCGAAACCAGUCGGCGGACGGCGAAAUUCAUGGAUCUCUAGUCUGAGCUCAAAGUUCUCUUCUGGGUCAACCCCACCAUCUCAGUCAAGUCUCAAGGGCUCACCGGCGAGCCCCAAAACCACCACCUCUCCCCUCGAUGCGCACAAUCCAUUUGGGGCAGCAUACUCGCCAAAGGACAAGGAGGACGAGAAGAAGGACGAGCAAAGUCCCUUCACCUCAUCGUCACCCAAAGGCCCCUCAUUCCUUCACAAUGCUUUGCGCAAGUUUUCAUCUAACUCGGGUGGACUGCCCAAGUUGCCACCCAACGGGGUGUGUUGCCCUCGCCGAGUGAUGAAUUUGGAUCCAAACCGAGAGCGCUGCAAGAUUUCCGAGUUGAACCAAUCUAAACUGAACCGAGUCGCAUUUUGUGUAGACGUGGAGAUUGCGGGUAUCUCUCAUCGAGACACCGAUGAAGAUGCUCCCCCCACUAACCAGCUACGCCAACCCCUCCCCGAGUCGCACCGCCAAAAGGCUAAGAAGGCCGAGGCGGCCAAGGAGCAAGGCAAACAGGAAGCUGAAGCACCAAAAGAGCCCCAAUCCGCAGUAGUUGAGAAAGAUACCCCGGCUCCGGCUCUGGCUCAGGAUUUUGCAUCUGCUCAGGGCACAUCGCCAUCGCCAUCUCCACCUACCGAAGCAAGCAGCCCACCAAAUGCGGAGCCCGUCCCCUCCGAGCCCAACAAUUCUAGCACAACACCCGCUACAGAUGCGAAGCCCAACGGCGAAGGCAAAGAUCCGUCAAGGAAAGCAGAGAAGAAGAAACGAUCGGAGGAGGAACGGAAGGAACGAAAAGAACGCAAACGGAGACAAGCCGUUGCUAAUGGCUCAAUACCCUUGCAACUCUCCGCCGACACGGAAGAUGACGAAACUCGACCACCAGCAAACGCCACAAGCCGCCCCAAGACUCAAAGCCAUCCUACAACAGAUCCAGUUCGGAUCUACCGCCGAUGUUGUCAACUACGAGAAACACCGGUUCUCAAAAGAGUGGUUGAUGAGAUUUCCUCUCCUUCGUCGACUCUCGCCGAAUCUCCCGGAACUGUCGCGGCUCUCGACCUCAGUAAUUUCCCUAUGACAACGCAAGAUAUUGCAACAUUCAGUGAUUGGCUUGCGAUCGUUCCCGUUCGAAAACUUCUUCUCGAAAAUUGUUCAUUGAAUGAUGAAUCUAUUCGAGCUAUUCUGGCAGCUUUGCUUGCCACGAAGACAGUUGAACAAAUGCGGUCUCGGCGAAGACGCGCUAGGAGAGCGGAUUCGCCGCCCGUGAAGGGCGAACGAUGGGGUGUUGUGGAGAAACUGUCACUCAAGGGCAAUACCAAGAUCGGCCGCGAGGGAUGGCGCCAUAUUGGAUUGUUUGUUCAUUUGUCCAGAUCUUUGAAGGCAAUCGAUAUUUCUGGAAUUCCAUUCCCCAAAUGCCAGGUCCCAUCACCGGAUGGGUCAUCCCAGCCGUUGACCAAGCCCGAUGUCUGCAAUGUCUUCGCGGACGCUCUUGCUGAACGUUUCAGUGGCGACCAUCUUGAAGAGCUUCUGAUGAGUGAAUGCAAGCCUUCUAGCGAGCAGGUCAAGAGGAUAUGUGAGGCCGCUACGAAAAUGGGGCUGCGCCGACUAGGUCUUGCGAACAACGGCCUAACGAGAGAGAGUCUGGGACAUGUAAUCGAGUAUCUCAAGUUUGGCCAAUGCGAAGGUCUAGACCUGGGAGGAAAUAUCAUUAAGGAUGAUAUCGAUAUUCUCACAGAGGCCAUCGAACCCGAGCUGCCACUCUAUGCGCUCAGUCUUGCGGACUGCUCCUUGAACCCAUCGGUGAUCUGUCCGCUGCUUCAGGCCCUCACCCGGCUUCAUAACUUACGCUUCAUCGACUUUUCCCACAACCGAGAUUUGUUCUCGGUCCAACCGAGCUCUAUCGGUGCAUUCCGACGUUUCCUCCCCAAGAUGCCUUCUCUGAAGCGGAUCCAUCUGGCUGAUGUAGCCCUCACUUCGGAUAACGUUAUUGGCCUUGCCGAGAUUCUCCCCGAAUGCCCAAGUCUCUGCCACUUAAGUAUCCUGGAGAAUCCUCAGAUUGUCUCUUUGGCUUCUGGUACAGAUCCCGAGGUCCAAGAGGAAGCAUGCGCAGUGUAUGCUUCGAUGCUCGCCGCUGUCCGCGUGUCGCAGACAAUCAUUGCCGUUGAUAUCGAGAUUCCGACCGCGGAGAACAACGAAGUUGGCGGUGCCAUCGCCGAAGAACUGUCUGAGACGAUCUCUUCCACUCAAUCCAGAGAUGUGCCGGUGCCAGAGAUCCUGCAACACAUUGUGGGACAUGCGGGCUUCCCCGGCACAGAGGAAAUUGUCGGCGGUGACGAAGAAGACGAACCAGCUCCCGAUGAAGACUAUGUUAUUGGUGGUACUGGUGUCGUCAAGGCCCUGGGUGUCUGUCUUGGUAAUUUGGACCAGCAGGCCGGUGAAAUUGGCGGUGACCUAUCUCUGCCUCCGAGUGGCACGACCACCCUGAGACGCCGCAAGUCUCGAAGCGUUGUCACCAAGAGACCCCGUGAUAUGUCGAAGAAUCUGUUGGAGUCAGCACGUAACAUUCGCACUCGUAUCCAGUCAGCCCUUGUCCGCGAGGACCGAGCUGGUAACGAUGCUAACUAUAGACGCCUUCAAUUCUUGGACUUCACCUUGCAUAAGAUGAUCCAGCGCUUCGAGGAUGAAUAUCCCGAAACCCGUCUCCCCCAAGCAGCACCUACCUCGGUUGCGCCCGACACCGGCUCUCAACAUUCGAGCGAGGACGCCAAUGGCCCCGGUGCCCUCAGUAGCAAUCUGACCAGCAGCAUGAUCGAAAAUGAAAAUGCUGUCGACGAUGAGGAAACCGACCAAUACGCCAUCCAUCUAUCUCGCACUAGCUCAAUGACCUCCCUGCACGCUCGCGCCAUGACCUCAGAAGAAGGCCACGUCCAUCGUCUCGGCCAAAAUCUCCGCCGUGAUUUCCUAAACCCAUCUUUGGGCGAGGGCGAGGUUGACGAAGAUGACCAGUCCCAUCUCGUCGCUCUCAGGGAGAAGCUGGAGCGUCUUCACGAACAGCAAUCCCAGUCGCCCUUCGACAGCGCCCAGGCCGAAGAAGCCUUUGAGAAACUCGGCAACACGGUCGAUGAGCUCUGGGCAGCCCAACGACAAGAUGCUGAGGGUUUCGAGAAAUUCAAGCAAUCGCAGAUCGCAGCUCAGAUUAAUAGCGGUCUUCGAAUGGCUUUAUCCGGUGCUGGCGAUCCGGCAGCUGACAAGGAGGGUCAGACCUCUGAAAGCAAGUCGCCUUCUUCGUCUUAA